GGUAAGUGUUGUAGGAGGGGCAUCAAUGAAUUACGCCUUCAGCUGCGCAGGUUUAGAUUGCUGCCUCGGUGCUCUGUGAUCACUCGCUGCCGGGGGACUUGGGUAACAUGUGCGAGGGCAGUGGGCCAUGGGACUCCCUUAUAAUAUGAACUGGGCUGGACUCCUGCAGAACUUGCUGGUUUUAAUACACAUCASUCAGGUCACAUGUGGAUCCAUCCAGUUUUAUGUCCGAGAGGAACUGGAGCCUGAUACUCUGGUCGGAUCGCUGAGCACACAUUUUCAACCUCCGUACCAGCUCCUAACCCAGGAGUACCUGUGGAUGGACGAAAACACUGGGAAUUUUUACACGACUGAGCACAAGCUAGAUCGUGAGCACCUCUGCCCUGAGGAGACAAAAGUUGAAGGAUGCAUUGUCCUGCACAAUGCUGUCGUGGGGCCCUCAGGAGACCUCAUACAGUUCCCUGUUAUCAUAGAGGAUGACAAUGACAAUGCACCGCAUUUUGAAAACAGUGAAAUACACUUGAAAAUGUCUGAGGAUGUAGUUGUGGGGACCAGCUUCUUCCUGGAUGACCAGGCUCAGGACAAAGAUGUCGGACGUAACGGACAGCUGAGUUACCAUCUGCAAGGGUCUGGUGGCGUUUUCUCCUUAAAGGUUGAAGAGGAUGAACUUUUAAUGCUGGUUUUACAAACCGCUCUGGAUAGGGAGUCUCAGGACCUGUAUCAGAUGCAGCUGGUGGUCACUGAUUGUGGCACACACCCUUUGAGUGCUUCGGCGGCUAUAACGGUCACAGUGACAGAUGUUAAUGACAACUGUCCGAGCUUUCGUCCUGACAGCCCACGCAGCGCCAUCAUUUCAGGAGAUUCUCCAAAAAAUACAGUGGUCGCUCAGGUUGUCGCCACAGACCCAGACACAGGUCCAAAUGCUGCUAUUGUAUACUCGCUAAGUCCCCAGGUCUCUGAAAAGGCUAAGAAGCUUUUAACCCUUGACAGUCACACAGGGCACAUACGAUUAAAACAAGACCUCCAGAACAACAACUCAGAAGAGCUGGUGUUGAGAGUGUUAGCCAGUGGCCCCCUCUGCCCCCCAGCAGACACUUGGGUAACCAUAUCUGUGCACCCCAAGGCGACCCAAGAGCUCACAAUCAAGAUCGGGUUCAUAGCUGAGCAUCACAAUCAGACUAUGGUGUUACCAGAGAACCAGCCCCCCGCUGUCUUAGCUGUUUUAGAGCUGGAGGGUGACAGCAGCUUUAAAGGCUCAUCUCUUGCCAUUGAGGGUGACGUGCCAUUCUCUUUGAACCCACAGAGCGGCAAAUAUCUGCUUUCGACUUCAGAGCCUCUAGACUACGAGAUAAAAAGGGAGUAUCACAUUUCUGUGGUAGUGCAAGCGAGCUUCCCUGAAAGGUCUGUGAUUGCACCGUCGAGGCAAGUGAUCAGAGUGUCGGUGCAGGACGUCAACGACAACGUCCCACGCUUCUCGCAGUCUCUCUACCAGCUGGAGGUGGAGGAAAACAACCAGCCGGGAAUGACACUGCUGCAGGUGUCAGCCUCUGAUGCAGACAGCGGCUCCAAUGGCAGGGUGACCUACGGGCUGCACGAAUACACAUCUGCCAUCUUCAGCAUUGACUCUGUGACAGGUCAACUGUCUGUGUUGGCUCCGCUGGAUAGAGAACAGCAGGGGGCAUACAAGCUUAUCGUGUUUGCUCGAGACAGUGGCUCUCCUCCUCUGGAAACUAAAGCCACUGUAAUUAUUCGUGUUCUGGACCAGAAUGACAAUGCACCUGUUUUUCCUAGCCCUCACUUUGUCUUUUUCAUCCCAGAGAAUGCUCUACCGUUUACCCAGGUGGGGAGGAUAGAGGUGAAAGACCCAGAUGAGGGAGAGAAUGGGAACACAGAACUGCGAGUUGGUAACAACAGCACACCCUUCGUCAUGGAUAACACCCAGAGGACUCUAUGGACCACCACCAUCCUGGACCGUGAGACUGAAGACCGUUAUGAGCUUUAUGUGUUGGCCAGUGACAAUGGGCACCCGGUUGCUUUAACGUCCACUGCCAGAGUCACUGUCUUUGUGGAGGACAUCAACGACAACCAGCCAAAAGUGAUUCUUCCCAGCAGCAAUUCCUCAUGCUUGACCCUAACCCCAGGUACUCUGGCAGGCACUACAGUUACUAAAAUCUACGCCAUCGAUGAAGACUCUGGGUUUAACUCUGAGAUCACAUAUUCUGUCAUCGCACCAGAACCGACUCAACAGAACAGCCCCUUCCGGGUAGAUUCAAGAUCAGGCAACAUCACCCUAAGUCAUCAGCUUCUCCAAAAAGACGUAGGAAUGCAUCAUCUCUUCAUUGUUGUAAGAGAUAACGGGAAGCCAACUCCACUUUACACUACUGUUUGGGUUAAUCUGCUAGUUAACGAGAGCAUGGAGCACUGUUAUUUGGACAGAGCACCUACAUGGACAGGCACAUCUGAUUUGGUUCAAAGUCUCUCAAUGGCCCCCGUCUGCGAGGUGAAAACUGCAACAGCCGAUCUGUACAUUUACGCCGGCAUGAUUUUGAUGCUCGUAUCUUUAGCUUUGUUUCUGGUAACACUUUGCUUAUAUUUGAAAUAUAGAAGAUUACAAAAACCCAAGAGGGGAUACACAAAAGAGAAUGAGAUUCCACUUAGGCUCAAGGACAAAUAUUAUUCUGAUGAAUGACAGAAUAAAGCAAACAAAGAAUAAUCUCACUCGCAGUUUCGAGGAUAACAGCCAGAGAAUUAAACAUCUUUGGAGUGUU